CGGGGAUGGGGCUGGUUGAUUUCGCUGGAGCACAGCCUCUCCCGAUGGGUGUGUGUGUGUGGAUCCUGGCACAAAACCUCCCGCUUCCAGAUGCGCUCGGCUGACAGUGGCAGCGCCUCAUCCCUGCUGCCUGUAAAACCUGCUGUCCUGUUUCAUGCUGCCCGGAGAUCGGUCUGCACGUACGAAACCCUGCUUGAAAAUCUUGAAGUACAAAGCUAUCCCAAGACAUCAAAAUGCCUCCGCGGCCAUCAUCCGGUGAACUAUGGGGCAUCCACUUGAUGCCCCCCAGGAUCCUGGUGGAAUGUCUCCUCCCAAAUGGAAUGAUAGUGACUCUAGAAUGCCUCCGUGAGGCCACCUUACUGACUAUUAAACAUGAACUCUUCAAAGAAGCAAGGAAGUACCCUCUCUAUCAGCUCCUUCAAGAUGAAUCUUCUUACAUUUUUGUAAGYGUUACACAAGAAGCAGAAAGAGAAGAAUUUUUUGAUGAAACACGGAGACUUUGUGAUCUGCGACUGUUUCAGCCUUUCCUAAAAGUUAUUGAACCAGUAGGUAACAGAGAAGAAAAGAUACUUAAUAGAGAAAUAGGUUUCGCUAUUGGCAUGCCUGUCUGUGAGUUUGACAUGGUCAAGGAUCCAGAAGURCAAGACUUCAGAAGAAACAUUCUUAACGUCUGUAAAGAGGCCGUGGAUCUUCGGGAUGCCAAUGCACCGCACAGCAGAGCACUGUAUGUCUAUCCUCCAAAYGUAGAGUCCUCAGCCGAACUCCCCAAACAUAUAUACAACAAACUAGACAAAGGGCAAAUUAUAGUGGUGAUCUGGGUGAUAGUCUCACCAAACAAUGAUAAGCAGAAAUACACCUUAAAAAUCAAUCAUGACUGUGUGCCUGAGCAAGUUAUUGCUGAAGCAAUUAGGAAGAAAACUCGAAGUAUGUUGCUGUCUUCUGAACAACUGAAACUUUGUGUCUUGGAGUACCAGGGCAAAUAUAUUUUAAAAGUCUGCGGCUGUGAUGAAUACUUGCUAGAAAAAUGUCCACUGAGCCAGUAUAAGUACAUAAGGAGCUGUAUCAUGCUCGGCCGCAUGCCCAACCUGAUGCUGAUGGCCAAGGAGAGCCUGUACACCCAGCUGCCCCUGGACACCUUCACCAUGCCAUCCUACUCCAGGCGCAUCUCCACAGCCACGCCCUACAUGAACGGAGAGGCUACAACCAAAUCCCUCUGGACUAUCAACAGUGCUCUCAGGAUAAGGAUCCUCUGUGCAACCUAUGUAAAUGUGAACAUUAGGGACAUAGACAAGAUCUAUGUUAGAACAGGUAUCUACCAUGGAGGGGAGCCUUUGUGUGACAAUGUGAAUACUCAGAGGGUACCUUGUUCCAAUCCCAGAUGGAAUGAGUGGCUGUUGUAUGACAUGUACAUUCCUGAUCUCCCCCGUGCUGCUCGGCUCUGCCUUUCCAUCUGCUCUGUUAAAGGCCGGAAGGGUGCUAAGGAGGAGCACUGUCCAUUGGCUUGGGGAAAUAUAAACAUGUUCGAUUACACAGACACUCUUGUAUCUGGGAAAAUGGCUUUGAAUCUUUGGGCAGUACCUCAUGGGCUGGAGGAUUUGUUGAAUCCUAUUGGUGUUACUGGAUCAAAUCCAAAUAAGGAAACUCCAUGCUUGGAGCUGGAAUUUGACUGGUUUAGCAACCCUGUAAAGUUCCCAGAUAUGACAGUGAUUGAAGAACAUGCAAAUUGGACAAUUUCACGGGAACUGGGAUUCAACUACAGCUAUGCAGGGCAGAGUAACAGACUAGCUCGGGAUAGUGAAUUAACAGAGAGUGACAAGGAGCAACUGCGAGCCAUAUGUACCCGAGACCCUUUGUCUGAAAUCACUGAGCAAGAGAAGGACUUCCUCUGGAGACACAGACACUAUUGUGUGAAUACUCCAGAAAUUCUACCCAAGUUACUUCUGUCUGUCAAGUGGAAUUCUAGAGAUGAAGUGGCCCAGAUGUACUGUUUGGUAAAAGAUUGGCCCUCAAUCAAGCCAGAGCAAGCAAUGGAGCUCCUGGACUGCAAUUACCCAGACCCAAUGGUGCGAGCUUUUGCAGUUCGGUGUCUGGAGAAGUCCCUGACAGAUGACAAACUGUCUCAGUAUCUAAUCCAGCUGGURCAGGUUCUGAAAUAUGAGCAGUAUUUAGAUAAUCAGCUUGUGAGAUUUUUACUCAAGAAGGCACUGACUAAUCAAAGGAUAGGACAUUUCUUCUUUUGGCAUUUAAAGUCUGAAAUGCACAACAAAACUGUCAGUCAGAGGUUUGGUUUGCUUCUGGAGUCCUACUGUCGAGCAUGUGGRAUGUACCUAAAGCACCUGAGCAGGCAGGUGGAGGCCAUGGAGAAGUUGAUUAACCUCACAGAUAUUCUCAAGCAGGAAAAAAAGGAUGAGACCCAGAAGGUACAGAUGAAGUUUCUUGUUGAACAAAUGAGACGGCCAGAUUUUAUGGAUGCCUUGCAAGGAUUUAUCUCUCCUCUUAAUCCUGCACAUCAACUGGGAAACCUUCGGCUUGAGGAGUGCAGGAUAAUGUCAUCUGCAAAAAGGCCGCUGUGGUUGAACUGGGAAAACCCAGAUAUCAUGUCUGAAUUGUUAUUUCAGAACAAUGAGAUAAUAUUUAAAAAUGGAGAUGAUUUGCGUCAGGACAUGCUGACACUUCAGAUAAUUCGAAUUAUGGAAAACAUCUGGCAAAAUCAGGGUCUUGAUCUUCGGAUGUUGCCUUAUGGUUGUUUGUCGAUCGGUGACUGUGUGGGACUCAUCGAGGUYGUGAGGAGCUCUCACACCAUCAUGCAGAUUCAGUGCAAAGGAGGCUUAAAAGGAGCUCUGCAGUUCAACAGCCAUACRUUGCAUCAGUGGCUCAAGGACAAGAACAAAGGAGACAUGUACGAUGCAGCUAUUGACUUGUUUACACGUUCUUGUGCUGGCUACUGCGUUGCCACCUUCAUCCUGGGCAUYGGCGAUCGCCACAACAGUAACAUCAUGGUCAAAGAUGAUGGGCAACUGUUUCACAUUGACUUUGGGCACUUCCUCGAUCAUAAGAAGAAAAAAUUUGGUUACAAAAGAGAGCGUGUGCCAUUUGUCUUAACRCAAGACUUCUUAAUAGUGAUUAGUAAAGGAGCCCAAGAAUGUACCAAAACAAGGGAGUUUGAAAGGUUUCAGGAGAUGUGUUAUAAGGCUUACCUAGCAAUUCGGCAGCAUGCCAAUCUCUUCAUCAAUCUUUUCUCCAUGAUGCUUGGCUCAGGAAUGCCAGAACUGCAGUCCUUUGAUGAUAUUGCAUACAUUCGAAAGACCCUUGCAUUGGACAAAACUGAGCAGGAGGCUCUUGAGUACUUCAUGAAGCAAAUGAACGAUGCUCACCAUGGUGGCUGGACAACAAAAAUGGACUGGAUCUUCCACACAAUAAAGCAGCAUGCUUUGAACUGAACAGACAGCAAAGAAAACAAGAACUGAUACCCCGCUUUGUGGGUACUGCACUGUUAAUACCCAUUAGCAGCAAAGACUGGUUGCAUAGGAAUUGCACAAACCAUGAACAACAUUAGAAUUUAUGGCAAGAGAAGAGAUGAAUUGUCCAGACAACUGUUGGAAAAAGACAUGAAACAGGGUUUCAGAUAGCACUAAAAUKAUACACUUCGAAUAUUAAGCUUUAGUAUGAUGUGUGCAGAGAGACCWCGACAAAUUAGAGAGAUGGGCAAUCACCAAGUGAAUGAGGUUUAACAAGGGCACGUGCCAGAUUCUGCACCUGGAACGGGGCACUCCUGGUUGUGUGCACAGACUGGGGAAUGAGAGGCUGGAGAGCARCRCUGUGGGGAGGGCCCUGGGGGUUCUGGUCUGUGGCAAGUUGAACAUGAGUUGGCAGUGCCCUGCAGCCAGGAGGAMCACCCGUGUCCUGGGGGGCAUCAGGCACAGAAUUGCCAGCCAGGCAAGGGAGGGGGUUGUCCCACUCUGCUUUGCACUGGGGAAGCCUCGCCUUGAAUAUUGUGUGCAGUUUUAGAUGCCACAAUACAAAAAAAAAAAAAAAUUAAGCUAUCAGAGAGUGUCCAAAGGAGGGCCACAAGGAUGGUGAAGGGUCUGGAGGGGAAGCUGUGUGAGAAGUAGCUGAGGUCACUUGGUCUGGUCAACUUGGAGGAAGAGGAGACUGAGGUCAGACCUCAUCAGGGUCUGCAGCUCCCUCACAAGGGAAGUAGAGGGGCAAGUACCAAUCUCUGCUCUCUGGUGACAGUGACAGGACUUGAGGGAAUGGCAUGAAGCGAGUCAGGGGAGGUUUAGGUUGGAUAUCAGGGAAAGGUUCUUCACCCAGAGGGUGGUUGAGCACAGUCACAGCCCCAAGCCUGACAGAGUUCCAGAAGUGUUUGGACAAUGCUCUCAGGCACAUGGUGSGAUUCCUGGGGUGUCCUGUGCAGGGCUGAGAGUUGKAUGCAAUGAUCAUUGUGGGUCCCUUCCAACUCAGCAUAUUCUAUGAUUUGAUGAUUYAUGUUAUGCCUUAAGCUCAGAAAGGUAAAUUUGGAAGAAUGUUUCCUUUUCUCAUUUGAUAGGAUAAACUAGAAGGAAAAAGAAAAUAAUGCUAGCAUGACCAUAAGAGUCCAUCAUGUAUUACCUUAGAUCUGGUACAGCAGGUAGAGACUAUGCUGGCUUGUGAAGAGUGGACAGAGAAUUCAAGUGAUAGCAAAUACUUAAAUGCAGCGUAGUUUAAAGGGAAGGAGUUUGAAGCUCAAAGAUCYAAAAACAAUAGUGAGAGGGCAGUGCCUUUUAAAUGUGCUCAGAGGCAUCAACAUUUGCGGGGUUUGGGUGACCCUUCGAUUUCUGGGUCCGUCAUCUGCACGGUUUCUGAAAGCAGUAGGAAAUUGGCCCACUCAGUAUGGUGUUUCUUUUGCUCAGUAUUUCUAGGGGUGCAAUUYAUAUUUUCACAAAGAAACUCCCUAUCAUCCCCAAAAACUGACUAACCUGGAAAUUGAAUGGUCAGAAUUGGGUUUAGUGCAACRGAGAGCUGUAGUGUUCAUCUUAGGUUUGCUUUAAUCUAACUUGAACUGAAUAGAUUUUUUUCAUACAUGUUUUCCAGAACCUAAAGAAAGGUGAGUUAUUAAAAUUAUUGAAAGAUUAUUUUUUUAUAAAGGCUAUUUAUAUAAUAGGAACUAUUAUUAAUAUAUAUUCUUUAUUUACCUGAUUUGUCCAAUAUUAACUCUCUUAAUUUUGCAACCCAGUUCUAUCUGUCCAAGACUCCCGUUUUCAUUAACGUCACUGAAGGUGACCAGACAUACUCCUAGGACCAAAUUCAGCCCUAGUGAAAGAGGACACAAGUACCAGUGAAGUAGUGGGGAUAUACCCACUAAAGCCAGAGGUGAACUUGGCCUAAGUCUCUAAAAAUAUUUUGGGAAUCACUCUUCUGAAAUGUAUCACAUUACUGAAGUGAUAUGCUKGCUAUUCCAAGAACGUUCAUUUAAACCCUCAAAUUUUGGGUCUAUCAUUUCUCCUCUUUCUUCCUCCUUUGGAAGUGGUUGUUGAAUCCAGUAAGAUACAUCAGAAAUAGCAAUUUAGAUUUUCAAUAUGAUCAAUAUUAAGCAGUUCAACAGACAGAUAUGUUGGCUAGCUCAAAGCAUGUGGAGUUACCAAACAUUUUAUAGCUUUGUCUGUUUUGUGCGUGUGUGUACUAUAUAUUUGUAAAUCUAGUUGUUGUCCUUUAACACAAUUACUGUGUGUGCAAUKAAAUUGGCACCAUGUUUUGAAACUGUUCAAAGUACUGAGGAUUUCAGAUUGCSCUUAUGCACAACUUCAGGUAGGACUGUUUUUCUAAUUCCUAAAGAGGUUUUUUUAAAUUAGUGAAGCCCAUUAUAGUUCUGUGGGUGAUGUUCACCCUGACAUUUUAAACUUGCUAGAUUGGCAGCACUUGAAUUCCAGAGGUUUGGGGCUUUCGGGGGUUCAGCUUGUUCACUUGCAAACACGCACCGAGGUGCCACUCAGAAAGUGCAAUACCACRUGUAAUAUAAAAUAUGCUGGCAGUUGGUGUUAGAUUAGAAAAUAAGCAUAUAAAUAAACUGUACUUUGUGCAGGCUGUGCUGAUGAGGUAAUGAAUGGUUGGCUUCAUUUAGCAAAUUGUAAUAUAUUAAAAAUGUGCAAUCAAUCACGUUAUGAAAGACUUGGGGGAUUGUAAAGCCAAGGCUUCGGUGUUUCGAGAYACUUUCAAAGUCAGGAUCCUGCAGUUGAUUACUGUGCACAUGGAUACUUGAUGUGGGGGAAAACCUGGUUUUGGGAAAACUACAGAAGCUCCAAGAAUAGUAUGGGAAAUGUGAAGUUUUAUUUCCUUAGUUCUACUAAAUAUUUUGGAGUAAUCUAAUAGACUUCCCAUUGCUUUUUUUUAUUGACUGUUACAUAUUCCUUYUUGUUCAUAUGAAUAUUUUAACUCCUGCUGAGCUUGGUUGUACUUUCUAGAGCAAAGUUACCCCUGUAUCUAUUACUUUGCAGACAACACAAAUGGUUUAGCUCUUACAACAUGGGUGAGUUUCAGUUUAGUUCACAAAAUCUGAAACCCUGUUGGCUGUAAUUCUUAAUUUAAUUGAGUAAAACUUUUGCACAAACAUCACAUUAGGUGCUAUAUUAUCYGUAUUUAUCUGGUGUUGAAACAAUUCUUUACCUCGUUUAUCUAAGAAAUGGUCAGCCUUUUCCAGCCUGGAUGAAAAGAUUAACUCAAAUUUAUUGGAUGUUAUGACCCUGARUUUGUUUUGUAUUUUGCCCCUUCCUAAUCCUUCUGUAAAUAUGAGUAUCAAUGUCUUUCUGUUCAAGCACAGUGUUCUGCACCCUUUUUCCCCAGACAGAGGUAUGAGGAAUCAGGCUCUGUUUCCAAAAGUUACUGCAAUUAAAUGUUGUGCAGAAACUAUAGAAGUUAUUAUGAGAAUCAAAUCGUAAAAGAGAGGAAACUUCAGAUUUGUGCAGACAUUAUACAGUUCAAAGUAAUUAUAGCCUUUAAACAAAAUUUUUUUAAAAGUAGAAGCUCAUGGGCUUUAAGCAGUUCUUUGCAUAACCAGGAUGGRCAUUUGAAAAACAUUCUGCCU